AUGGCCGACGCCAAUGCAAAAUCGGCUGUGGAGGCACAGCCUGGAGAGAUAUGUGAUGAAAAAGCAAAAGGAAAGCAGCCUGUGACAAAAACAGUGUACAAAACUAAUGAGUCUUCCGAAAACCUCACUAGGCACUUACUUGCCAAGGCAUGGACCAGUCGGAAGGCAGACGAGUGGCAGGCAUGUAUCACUGAGGCUGCAGAGAAGACUGGGAAAGACUUCACAAGCAAAAACAUCCGUUAUGACUCCUACGCCCCUGUCAGAGAAAACUCCUAUGCAAGAUGGUUUGUGGAUGGCUCAUCGUACUUUGAAGCUGUUGCAGAGGCCCUGGAGAAAGCAAGAGAGGAAAUAUUUAUAACUGACUGGUGGUUGAGUCCAGAGAUCUACCUGAAGCGUCACGUGACUGACAGGGAACGAUGGAGGCUGGACAAGGUGCUGGCCAGGAAAGCGAAAGAGGGUGUGAAGGUGUUCAUCAUUUUGUACAAGGAGAUUGAGGCCUCGCUCACCAUCAACAGUUACUACAGCAAACGCACACUCAUGAAGGAGUCACCGAAUAUUGUGGUAAUUAGCCACCCAGACCAUGUAGCCACGAGCAACCGUGUGAUUUUGUGGGCCCACCAUGAGAAGGUCGUAGUAAUAGACCAGAAGACUGCGUUCUUAGGUGGCUUUGACAUGUGCUAUGGACGCUGGGAUGAUGAACAACACAGAAUGACUGAUCUUGGCUCGGUGAGUUUUGCUCCGUUACCAGAUCUACCCAAGGUGCAAGACUCUCUACCCGUACACAAGAAUGGAUCGGUCAACAAGUUCAAGACCUUGAACAGCAUAGUGCGACCCCCAACAACAAUAUUGGAAUCACCCGCGGCUCUGACGUCAGACAGUGGUAUAUUUGAGAACAGUCAAGCUAAGACUAGCUCUGAUAUCUCUCAGCCCACAUCUCUUAGUCUGGAGGAAGAUGGGAAUAAAGACUCGUCCAAUGAUAGUUUAGGCCAUUCCAUGAGCUCUGAAGGCAACUUUGGUUCGGCUGACCUGUUAACUGAUAAUGACAGUCUCCAAAAUGGGGAUAAGAUUGCUUAUCACAACAUCGUAGCAGAUGUGCAUGUGCAGUCAGAGGAGACAAAUAAUAGUGUUUGUGAUGCCAGGAAAGGUCAGAAACCAAUCACUGGAACCUGGCCAAUAAAAAGGAACACUGCAAAUAGUGAAGAUGUUAACAGGAAUGAGACAAAAGGUACGGUGCGGUUCAAAGAACUCGAGGAUGGGGAGAUUCAGGAGGAACUCAUCAACCCAGAGCAGGCUGUUCCUGUAGAGGGGGCCCCAAGAGCGAUCAAAUCAGAGAGGUGGGUGUCCCGGAAACUGAAGCAGAGGUUUCCGUUCCUAAGAGAGAGGAAUGAGGAUGAGGACCAGCCUGAUGAGAAAGGCUCGGACUCGAACCACAGCCGGCUGCGCAACAAGUGGCGCAUGGUGCUCAACAUCAAGAAGCUAGAGCAGAACGUCUUGCGGCCAGAUGAGGAGGAGACCAUAUCACCUAGGAGCCCCUACGCCCGCAACCUUCAGUCUCCACACCACUCAUUUACCUCCAGAAUACGCAAGACGUUCACAAAACAGGACAGUGAUGAGGACUCCAUGAACAACAUCCUGUAUCCGUGGAAACGGCUGUUUCGGUUUGAAGACUCCCCAGUCACCGUGAGAUCUGUGAUGAAGACGGGAGAGGUGGACACAUAUGAGACAUUGGAGGGGAGCUCCAAACUGUGGAUCGGCAAAGACUACAUUAACUUUAUACAUAAGGACCCUGUUGACCUACAUAACCCUUUUGAAGAUUUCAUAGCACGUGAUAAGACCCCUCGUAUGCCUUGGCAUGACAUUGGGGCUGUAGUCUACGGGGAGGCCGCGCGGGAUGUGGCCAGGCACUUCAUACAGCGCUGGAACUUCUGUAAGAUGGAGAAAUUCAAAGCCAACAAACGCUACCCAAUCCUGAUGCCUAAGUCCUAUGGGAAGUGCAAGGUGUCAAGCCGUAUCCAGGACAUCACGUACGGCUGCACAACCCAGAUCCUGCGCAGCGUGAGUGGCUGGUCGGCGGGAAUCAACAAGGUGGAGCAGUCCAUCCAUAACGCCUACCUGGACUGUAUCAAGAACGCCAAGCAUUUCAUCUACAUUGAGAACCAGUUUUUCAUUAGCACGGUGGGGGACCACUCUAUGGUGAGGAAUCAGAUUGCAGAGGCUUUAGUGGAGAGAAUUACCCGGGCUUACCAGUCAGGAGAGACAUUCCGUGUAUAUGUGAUCAUGCCCUUGCUGCCAGCCUUCGAGGGGGAGAUUGGAGCAAACGGGGAGUACUCCAUACAGGCUGUCCUACACUGGAACUACAAGUCUGUGUCCAAGGGAGAGAAUUCACUCUGGGCAAAUCUUCUGAAAAGAGUUGACGAUCCCAAAAAGUACAUAGUUUUCUGUGGAUUGCGGGCACAUGAUGAACUAAAAGGGAAACUGGUUACAGAGCUGGUGUACGUGCACAGCAAACUGAUGAUCGUGGACGACGAUACGGUGAUCAUAGGCUCGGCCAACAUCAACGACCGCAGUAUGCUCGGGACCAGGGACAGUGAGAUUGCCAUCCUUGUGCAGGAUAACAAGAAUUUUCCCGUGAAUAUGAACGGCAAGGAACACAUGGCAGGCAGUUUUGCAGCCUCCUUGAGACGGACGCUGUUCAGAGAGCAUCUUGGGAUUGUUGAAGGGAACAAGGAAAUAGAUCUCAGUGACCCAGUCUGUGAUAGCUUCUACAAGAAUGUAUGGAUCGCCCAGGCCUCUAUCAACACAACCAUCUACCAUAAGGUGUUCAAAUGCAUUCCAGAUGAUUGCAUCAAGUCUUUCAGCGAGAUAAAGCAGACUGCAGGAGUGAUGCCCCUUUCUGAAUCCGAUCUUGAGCUAGCGAGAAUUGAUCUGCAGAAGGUCAAAGGUCGCAUCGUGUUCCUGCCUCUGUAUUUCUUGGAGCACGAGGAUUCAAUAAUGGCAACUGGCGCUAACAAAGAGUCUAUGCUGCCAAUGAAACUGUGGCUCUGAGAUUUGGGGUUUUACUGUUUGUUUGCAUGGAAUUAUAGUUUAUUUGUUUCAAAUUAAAUGUUAAUGAUAAACAUCUGCUAGUGAUAACUUUUACAACCACACUCAAUGUAUUGAUAAUGUACUUUUAUAUGAGCUUUCCUGGGAAAACUGCAACUAAAACAUGGGUUUAAAGUGAAUUUGUGUUUAGAAGAGACUUUUUAUUAACAGAAAAUCCCAUCAAAGCAGAGUGUCGUCUCUGAUUAACAGACAGCACAGGCUAAUCUUUUAAAACACUUUGCACAUGCAGAAAGCCCAGGUUUUCCUAAAGGUGCGCUCAUAUACUUAUUAACAAAAGAUUCUAAAAACAAGUCUUGAGUUCUAGAGAAAUUGUUACCCUUGAUUUGUGGGGGGAAGGGGCAAAGGACAUUAUCUAGUUAUUGAUUCAGACUGUUUUAGAUUUUGACAUUUAAAAAAAAUAGAAUUAAUGUACAUGAGGACUGUAUUUUUCAUGAAACAGUUUAUUUCAAAACCAUAUAUUCAACUGAAAUGAAUGUUGCACAUCAUUUUAGGGCUGUAUUGUUUUUUAAAUAUGUACAGUAUUUAACAUUCCAAAUGGGGACGAUUGAACUUUACUGGUACGUAAACAAGAAUGGAAAAGCUUAUCAUUUUAUCGUUGCUAAGCGCGCAACACCUAACACCUAACUAAACACCUAAUAAUCCUUUCUAUUCUAUAUAUUACCUUAGUAUCCCUUAACCCCCUCUUUGUCUAUAGUGGUAGACAACUGCGUACCGGUAAAGUUCAAUCUAGCCUCCAAAUGUGUUAUUAUGUGUAAAAAAAACAUUAUUAUAUGAAAUAUUUACGUUAUUUAAGUCCUCAAAAGCUUUUUAAAUGUAUGAAAUUUCAAAUGGUUGAUAUUAAAAAACAUUCCGAAAUGCUGUUUUGUUUGAGAAAGUAUAAUUGUUAAAUAUAUCUCUGCUCAAAAAUGCACAAUAGAAAAUCCCUUGGGAAUGGUCCCAUCCAAUAGGCAUGUCUGGAGCCAGGCCUGAAUUGCAAAGCAUUUUGCUAAGCCAGUAUCUACUUCAUUAAUGUACCAGUAGGCUUAAUGUUGUUUGAAGUCAAGUUUUAAUUUUCACAUGAAUAUUCACUGCUCAAAUCAUUACAAUAUUAUUAUACAGUAGUGUUAAAAUAAUAUAAUUAUGAUUAUUAUUAGCGGUAUGAUUAAAAAAGAAUAUUAUUUUCAUACAAUGCUAUACCAAUAUCUAGACUUUUGUGGUUUAUUAGUCACCAUGGUUUGCGCUCUUUUAAAGUUCUUAAUAUUUUUUCAUGAAACUUGAAACAUGGAUAGAUGGCAAUAUUGACAUUAUGCACGUCAUUUCAUUUUGUUCCUACGUCAAAAAUUCUGGUUGCUAUGGCAACAAAUAGACUAGAAAUACUGCUGAAAAUGGUGGUUUUCUGAAUCCUGCGAUAACUUUAAAAGUUCUUCAUAUUUUUUUAAUAAAACUUCCAACAUGGAUAGAUUAUGCACGUCAUUUCAUUUUAUUCCUACGUCAAAAAUUCUGGUUGCUAUGGCAACAAACAAACAAAAUCUGACAAUGGUGGAAUUUCUGACAAUGGAGGAGCCGGUAGGGGAUUUUUAUUGCUUGGUCUUGUUUUUAUUAUUCUCCAUAAGAAAAGUAUAUUGUUAUCUCACAAAAAAAUGGUGGGUGGUAAGUUUUAUUUGACUUAACAAUUUUACUAGAACUUAGGAUUAUUAAUAACCAUGUGUUACAUACAAAUAAUUUUCUCCUUAGUGGAAGGAUAAGGUCAUAAUGCAAGGUCAAAGGUCACAUAUGUGUGUUUCUGCUUUGUGACUUUCAUGCCAUGGCCGACAACUUGUAUAUAUGUCAGAUAAUUAUUUACAAUGACCAGACAAUGUAUUGCAUGCAAAUCUAAUAAUCCUUUGUGAAAGUUGAAGAUCACAGUUCAUGGUCAGAGGUUAUGAAUUUGGGUUUCUACUCUGUAACUUGUGCAUGUCUGGUAUGAUUUUAAUAUUAUUCCCAAUUUGUAUAAGACUGGUAUGAUUUUAAUAUUAAUCCCAAUUUGUAUAAGAUUUUGAGUGCAAAAAGUCAGAAUCACUGUUUAGUAGUUUCAUAUUUUAUCUAGUUGUGUAGUUACCAGAAAAUGUAGACAUUAUGUUUAACAUGUAAAUAUUUUAAUACUUUUCUAGUCAUCAAACAUACUGGUGACAUUAGGGAUCUCUGAAAAUUGGCCCAUAUAUUUUAGCAAUCUUUAAUAUUUACGUAUGACAGUAUUUAUAUAUGUGUUUUAUUACAUAAAAAUGGUUAAGUCUUAAAUUUAGUCAGAAAGGAAACACAUUGACUGAUUUUCUGUUCCGUGCCAAAAAGUUUAUUAAACUUGGUAAAUUAAACAUGUUUGCUAUGCAAAUUAUGUGAUCAACAUUAUAUGUGUAUCUAACAGACAUUACUAUAUUUUGAGCUGGGGAAGUCAAUGUACAUCAUACAUAUACAUUAACUAUGAUUACUUUUAGUUUUAGCAUGUUUUAAACAGUAUUUAGACCAAGCAUCUAACAGGCUGUGUUGGCAGAAAAAUAGAGUUUCUCAGAAUUGACCAGAACGUUACAUGACUUGAACUGCAACAUGCAAAAAUGGGUCUUAUGCUAUUUUCAUCCAGUGUAUCCUCAGACUAGCCUUUAGUUUUGCGCGUCUGGUUUGGUGCUACCUUAAUGUAUGCUUUGCAGUCACGUAAGGUUUUGUGAUCUCAUUCACUGACUGGGCAGACUGGGUGAAUGUGCAGGCUGGUAACAGACUGGGUGAAUGUGCAGGCUGGUAACAGACUGGGUGAAUGAGCCGGCUGGUAACAGACUGGGUGAAUGAGCAGGCUGGUAACAGACUGGGUGAAUGAGCAGGCUGGUAACAUACUGGGUGAAUGAGCAGGCUGGUAACAGACUGGGUGAAUGAGCAGGUUGGUAACAGACUGGGUGAAUGAGCAGGUUGGUAACAGACUGGGUGAAUGAGCAGGCUGGUAACAGACUGGGUGAAUAUGCAGGCUGGUAACAUACUGGUGAAUUUGCAGGCUGGUAACAGACUGGAUGAAUGAUGAGGCUGGUAACAGACUGGGUGAAUGAGCAGGCUUGUAACAGACUGGGUGAAUGAACAGGCUGGUAACAGACUGGGCAAAUGAGCAGGCUGGUAACAGACUGGGUGAAUGAGCAGGUGGGUAACAGACUGGGUGAAUGAGCAGGCAGGUAACAGACUGGGUGAAUGAGCAGGUUGGUAACAGACUGGGUGAAUGAGCAGGUUGGUAACAAACUGUGUGAAUGAGCAGACUGGGUGAAUGAGCAGGUUGGUAACAGACUGUGAAUGAGCUGGCUUGUAACAGACUGGGUGAAUGAGCAAUUUGGUAACAGACUGGGUGAAUGCGCAGGCUUGUCUGAAGCUAUUCUGGCCAGCUGUAGCAUAAGAGCCUUUUUGAAUGAUGUAUCUUUUACAAAGAGACCUUAAUGUGUUAUUAGUCCCCUACCGGUUUCACCGGAGGGUACUUAUGGUUUUGUCUCCGUUCGUCCGUCAGUCCGUCACACUUUUCUGGAUCCUGCGGUAACUUUAAAUGUUCUUAAUAUUUUUUUCAUGAAACUUGGAAUAUGGAUAGAUGGCAAUGUGGACAUUAUGCACGUCAUUUCAUUUUGUUCCUACGUCAAAAAUUGUGGUUGCUAUGGAAACAAAUAAAAAAAAUAUUCUGACAAUGGUGAAAUUUCUGGCAAUGGUGUAGCCGGUAGGGGACUUUUAUUGCUUGGCAAUAGUCUUGUUUGUAUUGUUUUGAUCUUUGUUAUCCUGUUAAAAAAAUAGCAUUCCAUACUUCAUAUAUCUGUUCCAAUUUAUGAAGUCUUUCAGUUUUGUUUUUGACAGUUUUGUUUUAGAACUACAUGUUUUAAUGAAGACCUCAAAAUCUUUGCCUUUUAAAUUGAAUUGUUUUUUUCCGUAUGAAUGUUUGAGGUUUGUUAUUUUGAUUUUGUGCAGUAUAUGCAAGUGUGUUUGAUUUUAUUCAAAUUGAUGUCCUAUUGGUUUGACUUAAGUUUGGUUUUUUUGAUGAUUUGAAGAGAAUUACAUUUAUUCAAAAUAAUAUUGUCAAAAUGAAGGUAUUUACACAGUAAAUCUGAGUUAAAUAAAUGACCAAAGACAUAAAUGACAGCUUGUUAUUGUAAUGUUAUUAUAAGGAAUGGUAAACAGGAUGCAGGAUCAAUUUGGUUUACAGGGGUUCACCAUGGGCUGAACAGAAUGAAAACACAUCAUUAAGAACUUAUUUAUGCAAAUAUCUCAAAUUAUUGGAAUACAUUUGAAAAAUUUUAAGCAUAUAAAAAAAAAUAACAAUUUUUGCGAUAGCUUAAGAUUUAAGAAUAAAUCAUUGAAUACGUCUGAAAUAGGUGCCACAAUUUCACAUUGCAUUCAGCAUUAGAGUGUACAUGAUUGUGUUACACAUCAAAUUUUUGCCCUAUAUCACAGGCUCACUGAAUAAAGUAAUUCUGAUGUAUUUUACAUUGCCAUAAGCAGCAUAAAAACAUGUCUUAUGCACUAGUUGUAACUCUUGAAAAAAAAUUGUUUUAAAAAGUUAUUUGAAGAAAAGCACCACAUACCUAUGUGUUUACAUCCAUUAACGUUCAAUUGUGAAAUCCACAAAGUCACAUUGAUCCUGCAACCUGGUAAAGAUAGACCUAUCAUAUUUGAGAACAGUUCAUGUUUCAUGAAUGUAUUGCACUUAUGUGUCCAUUUUGUUUAUCUGCAGUGUGGCUACUCCUUAAAUGGCUAUGAAUGUCUUGAUCUUUAUGAAUGACAUCAUCUCUCGGUUGCUUUAUUUUAAUUGAUGUCAUGUUGUUGAGAAUACUUUUAAACUUUGUUUGAUACAUUCCAUUUCUGUUAUUUCACAAAAGUCUCAAAAACUCAAAUGGGCAUAAUGUUAUUUUAUGUGCCAAAAUCAACUCGUAUAAAGUGUGAAUUUGUAUUCAAAUGAUAUUGUAGGUAAUAAAAGAAGGCCAUUUACAUAUUGCCCGAUUGGUGAAAAACAGUAUAGUACCAUGUGACAUUUUAUUUCAAUGGUACAUGUCACCAUUUUUCACCAAGUGGGAAAUAUGAACCAAUUUGUGGGAAAAUGGUUCUUUGGACAUAUACAGAUAAACCUCUGCAUCUGUAUACUCUGAUGAGGAGUUAUAAUGUCCAGACUGUGCAGAGCACAGACUGGUCUGGAGCUACCCUGGUGGCAUAUGGCAUAAUAUCCAUUUUUGCUCAACAUUGCUUAUAUAAUUGUUGGUAGAGUAACCCUUUGACAAGGGUGUAUUUUUGAAUGAAUGGUAUAUAAUGCGAUUAUAAAUUCUUUAGCAGCAUCACUAGAAAAGCUUUUAUUGCAUUCCUAUACUGUACUUUAGGCAUGAGACGAAUUUUUAAUAAUACCUUAGGAAUUUAAGUCAUAACACUGCUAAGAGGACAUAAAAAAAUGUUGUGUGAAGUAUUCAAUAUUCUUGUACAUUGAAUGAUUUUAAAAUUGUUUAGCAAGCUUGUUAAUUGACAUGUAUGUUGGUGACUAAAACAGCAAACCUUACAUGCAAUGUGCGUAAGUUGUUAUCUUUUAUUGUCUGUUGUUUAAGAAACUGUAUAUUUGUGAAAACAUGUAUGAAUGCUUAUACCUAUAUUUUUGUGUUUGCGUGUCAAAAACACACUAAGCAAUAUUUAUUGAAUAAUCUGUGCCAUUAGAUAGAUUUAAUCUGAUCUGAAUCUGACGAAAUGGAACUUUUAUGUCAUAAUAUUUUAUGAAAGUAAAUGCCAUAAAGUAUUUUGAGGCAUGUUUAGGGUAUAUUUUUGUUGGCAUAUGUUUGUUACCUAUACCAUGCAUUAUCUCAAUUAUUGUUACAUGAUUGUGGUCAUGUCUUACUGCCCAGUAUUUUGCUGUAUACAAUCAUAGUGCAGAAAUUUCAUGUCCAAGUACUGCAAAUAAAAUAUGAAGCAGUUUAUUGAAGCCAUAACUAUUUUGCAAUUUGGCCUUGUUCCGGGAAUAGGGGGCUUAAUUAAUGUGUAUAAAGUAUUGUCCCAGAUUAUCCUGUGCAAUCCACAUAUUUAUAACUAGGGACGACUUCUUCCGUUUUAAUGCUAUUAUGGCUUACAGAAAGUCUCUUCUAAGCAAAUUAGGUGGAAAAUGUCAUACCAGACAAGCCUAUAAGGAUUUCAUAGGCUAAUCUGGGACGACACUUUUACGCAUACACAGUUACCCAUAUUUCCCCAGCACAAAGCUCAUUAUAAAAAGGACAUAUAGUGUAAACUGUUCUGAACAUAAAGCAUGUGAUUGUCAAGUUUAUGUCCUGAAUAACAUGAUAACUAUAAAGUCAUUAUAAUUUUGAGUUUCAUUUUGGAGUUGAUGUUUUCAUAUUUUGUAAAUAAAUAUAUAGCACUUUUCUCUAUUGGUUUGAUCAUGUCACAGAAUAAUUAAAAUCUAUAAUUGCAACCCAACCAUUACAACUUUUGGCGGGUAUUUUUAUGAUUAUUUUAAUGCUUACAAGCAUUUAUAAUAAGGUUCUGUAUAGUAUUGUAUAGUCUAUAGGGAAGAGAGCUAUCACAUGAUGUGUAUUCUUGUCAUAAAUGUUUGAAUUGCAUAUUUUAUAUACAAAUGUUUUUUGUUGCAUAUGAUAAAUUGUUAAUAUAUUCAUUAUUACAAAUACAUCAAAUCAUGAAAAUU